GGUGGGAUUCAAAUCACCAGUGGCAAAAGUCCUUUCUAGAUGUUGAGAGUUACAGGUCCUCUGAGGAGGCAGGACCUGCGAGGUUCUGAGAAGACUUGAGGAAGCCGACAAAUCCCGAUGGCUACCCCUGAUGGGAGGGUGGUCUCCACACCCCAGACCCAGAGACCUGGCCUGGGGCCACAGGGGAGCACAGCCUGCCCGGAUCCCCUGGACAGCCUGGAGCAGAAGGAAACCCAGGAGCAGGCGCCAGGCCAGCUGGCCAUGCUGAGGAAGGCAGAGGAAUUCUUCCAGACCUGUGAUGCAGAGGGCAAGGGCUUCAUCGCCAGGAGGGAUAUGCAGAGGCUUCACAAGGAGCUGCCGCUCAGCCUGGAAGAACUGGAGGACGUGUUUGAUGCCCUGGAUGCUGAUGGCAAUGGCUUUCUGACCCCAGAGGAGUUCACUACUGGAUUUAGUCACUUCUUCUUCAGCCAGAAUAACCCAGGUCAGGAAGCUGCAGGCGAACAGGUGACCCGGCGCCAGGGAGAGCUGGUGUACCAGUCCAGAGGGGAGGAGAGCCUGGGAGACACAGACGAAGACGAGGAAGCCCAGUUCCAGAUGCUCAUGGACAGACUGGGAGCCCAGAAGGUUCUGGAAGACGAAGGCGACGUCAGGCAGCUCUGGCUGCAGCUGAAGAGAGACAAGCCUCACUUACUGUCCAGCUUUGAAGAUUUCCUGACUGCAGUCUUCUCCCAGCUCCAAGAAGCCCACGAGGAGAAGAAUGAAUUGGAGUGCGCCCUAAAAAAGAAAAUUGCUGCUUAUGAUGAAGAAAUCCAGCAUCUGUAUGAGGAGAUGGAGCAACAAAUCAAAAGCGAGAAGGAGCAGUUUCUCCUGAAGGACACGGAGAGGUUCCAGGCCCGCAGUCAGGAGCUGGAGCAGCAACUGUUAUCCAAGGAGCAGGAGCUGGAGCAGCUGACCCAGAAGCAGAAAAGGCUGGAAGGUCAGUGCGCAGCUCUGCACAAUGACAAGCAUGAAACCAAGGCUGAGAACACCAAGCUGAAGCUCACUAACCAGGAGCUGGCCCGCGAGCUGGAGCGGACGUCGCGGGAGCUUCGGGAGGCUCAGGAGCAGCUGGACAGCCUCCAGCAGGAGGCCUGCAGACUCCACCAGGAGAAGGAGACGGAAGUGUACCGCGUGACGGAGAGCCUGCAGCGGGAGAAGGCCGGCCUCCUGAAGCAGCUGGACUUCCUAAGGGAAAGGAACAAGCACCUUCGGGACGAACGGGACAUAUGUUUUCAGAAAGAUACGGCAGCCAAGGCAAACACAGCUGCUUCCAAGGGAAGCUGGAAAAGGAGAUCUGGCUCUGUGAUAGGCAAAUAUGUGGACGGCAGAGGGAUUCUUAGAAGCCAGUCGGAGGAGGAGGAAGACGUGUUUGGCAUUCUGAGGAGGAGAAGCUCCCUGGGCCUGAGUGUUUACCCUCUGACAGAAGAGGAGCCAGGGACGGAGGAGCCAGGGGCUGGGGGCCCGCCCCGCCGGGCACUCCGCCGAAUCAUCUCCAUUGAGGAAGACCCCCUGCCCCAGCUCCUGGACGGUGGCUUCCAGCAGCCACUGAGCAAAUGCCCAGAAGAGAAGGAGGUCUCCGACCAGAGGGCAGAAGGACACCUCCAGGAGGCCCCACCCUUGACACUCACCCCCACAUCCCCCCGAGGGCAGCCCGUGGGGAAAGAAGCCCUAUCUAAGGAGGAGAGCUCUCCCUCCACCCCCGACCGGCUCUUCAAGAUCGUGUUUGUUGGCAAUGCUGCGGUGGGGAAGACAUCCUUCCUGCGGAGGUUCUGUGAGGACCGGUUCUCCCCGGGCAUGGCAGCCACUGUGGGCAUCGAUUACCACGUGAAGACGGUGAACGUGGACGACUCUCAGGUGGCCCUGCAGCUGUGGGACACGGCUGGGCAGGAGAGGUAUCGUUGCAUCACCCAGCAGUUCUUCAGAAAGGUGGACGGCGUCAUCGUCAUGUACGACCUCACAGCCAAGCAGUCGUUCCUGUCAGUGCGGCAGUGGCUGAGCAGCGUGGAGGAAGCUGUGGGAGACCAGGUUCCCGUUCUUCUGCUGGGCAAUAAGCUUGACAAUGAGAAGGAGCGGGAAGUCCCUCGGGGCCUUGGAGAGCAGCUCGCCAAGGAGAACAAUCUCAUCUUCUAUGAAUGCAGCGCCUAUUCCGGUCACAACACCAAAGAGUCCCUGCUCCAUCUAGCCAGGUUUCUCAAGGAGCAAGAAGACACAGCGAGGAAGGAUACCCUCCAGGUCGGCCACCCUGCCAAGAAGAAAUCCUGCUGUGGCUGA